CACGUUUUUUUUUGCUCUAAUAAUGCUACCUAAACUGAAUCUCUUCUUUUUAUUGAUAGUUUUAUUGGUAUGCGUGGAAGCUGGAGUACGUAUUUACGUGACAGACACACCUACAGAGAAGAUUGGAAGUAGAUUGUACAAGAAAGAAUUACUUACGAAUAAAUUUGUCGACCCUAAAGAACUGUCAUAUGACUCGUCAAGCAGAAACCUGUAUUUCAUGCAUAUGGAUGACGUAAUACAAAACUCUGGAAGAGCCUUUGUAAAUAUAAUAACAAAAGAAGCCACAAAAAUUAACGGUAUUGCCAGAAAUAAAGCGACUGCAGUAGAUCAAGACACAGGAGAUGUUUAUUUCGGAUCAGACAACGGUCUUUAUAAAUAUAACCCAUUGUUAAUAGAAGCGUUUAAUAUAGGACUUUAUAACAUGAAUAUAUUGAAAAUUGUGAUAAGAAACAACGAGAUGUACGUAAUAGAUGCAAACAGCCAUAAAAUAUACAAGAUAUUCCAUCAAGGCUCCAAAGCUAUACGAGUUGGAAAUAUGAAAGCGGUGCUGGAAUUCGACGUCGAUUAUCAUAAAAAUAUACACUAUGUAUCAAUGUGCGGCGUUUACUGUGCUAUAAACGGUGAUGAAAUAGUUAAAAAUAAGGAUCUGAGUGCAGUUUACCAUUUCAUAAGCGAUGAAUAUGUGACGUUUGGUGUGACGGAAGACGGACUGUAUGAAAUUGAUUGUUUUAACGGUACAGCCAAGCAUGUUGCUAACCUCAGCUUUUUCCCUCGUAGUAUUAUAUUUGGGGACUAUGGUGAUAUAUUCUAUUCGGUGGAAAACAGUAUUUAUAGAUUGAAACCGAUCAGUUCUUACACUGUUUAUAAUAUUCGUAGGAAAGGUACGUAAUUUUAUAAUAAAUAAAUUAAUAGUUCAA